AUGGAGCAUCCAAACCAAUACUCUUUAGACCCAUUAAUCGGUUCUAAUCCGUAUUCCUUGGAAGUCGAAGAGGAUGCUGUCUCUUAUGAUUCAUGGUCGUCUGGUGUAGACACGCCAUCUUCCAGUGAUAACAGUGACGCCGACCGGGUUGUUACACUAAUACAGGACGCGCCAACUGACGAGUUGUCUUACCCGGGAUAUGAAUAUCCAGAGCCACCCGGAACGUUGUUUUCGGCUUGGAGAGCCUCUGACAGGAGCAGUGACGCUACUAGCUUGACACUUGCCUCAACGGGUGAUUGGCAUGGGGAUCGGGAAGAACAAGAAGGCGACAGAGCAGAUUUGAACAACUUCAUUUUCCAUGUUUUAAUUCGUACGCCAGAGCGCCUAUUCAGACGCGAGGUAUCAACGAAUGCUUCGCAUCAGCAUCAACUCGACUGUGGGCUGAAAACUCAAGUCUUACACAAUAUCCUCCGAAGUUUUACGGAUCUGUCCCUACGAGACUCGAUUGGAGACACAAUUCUGCAUACCCUGGCAGGUGAUUUUGGGUUGCCUAACUUGUCAGCGGAAACCGAGGGUUAUGACAUCCUUCAGCGGCUCUUCGACAUUGGGCCGGGCGGUUUCGGGCCAUCGGUAAAGUCCCACUGUCUGUCUAUGAUCGAUUCAAGAAAUGAAGGGUAUUGCAUGAUGGACGAAGACCCUGCGGAACCUUUCAUGCAUACGCCACUCGGGGUCGCCAUCUUAUACAACAACCUUGCCUGCGCUGAGCUUUUGCUCCAACACGGAGCCGAUCCAAACAUCCCAGGAGAGUGGGGACAGCGUCCGCUGUUCUUUGCCCAGCGGAACAACAGCGAAGAAGCAAUCGAACUGCUGACCGCCUACGGAGCUUACCUUUGA